GUGGUUCAGAUUGCAAUGGCUUCCAGAAUAUCUUUUUCACAGUACAAAUUGGAGGCGGAAAUAGAAAAAUGUAGGGGAGAAUGUCAGUGGGACAAAAUUCAAAAUCUUGUGAAGCAACUUUCUCCAGAGAAUGACGAUUUUGGGAAUCUGCUGCUUGCUGAGGUUCUCUUGGAACAGUGCCUGAUGGAAAACACAGUCAAGCUGAAAGAUUGCAUUCCUUUAAUGGAAAAGAAUGAACUCAAAAUGAGAGAAGCCAAAAAUCACUUGAGCAAUAUUUUGAACAGAGGCAAACUGCAACAUAACCUGAUGUCUGAAGCCAUUCUUACCUUAGCAAAGUUACAGUUUGUGGAAGGGUCGUAUCGUGAUGCGCUCAGCAUGUAUGCUCGAGUAGGCAUCGAUGAUCUUUGUAUUGAUGAUCAACCACUUUAUAAGAAAAGACUUUUAGCAGAGGCCUACGUUAUUAAAGGCUUUUCUCUUGAGCGUCAGACUUCAUCUGUUACCUCAAGAGUUCGUUUGUCUGAACGAGAAGAGGAAACAAUGUCCUGUUUUGAGAAAGCUGGUGAUAUUGCUCUGAUUUAUUUACAAGAAGGGGAGCGGGCUAUGAUGAAUACUCAGUCUAGAUCGAUCAAGGGGAUUGUCCCGGUCCAAGAGAUGGAGCUUACUUACUUUCUUGAAGCUGCAUUGCAAAGUGCUUAUGUGUCCUAUUUCAAAAAAAGGAAUAUGGUCAAGGGAGUGAAACGAAUUCGGGAAAUGUUAAGAGCAAUGGAGACAAGAGCCACACAGAAUUUUAGAGUGACAAUAGCCAAACAACUGGCUGAGGUGCUUCUACAUAGUCUGUGUGAGGACUGCUAUUGGAAUCUAUUUUCAGACCCACCUUCUGAGCUCAUUACUGAGGAAAGUGGAUCUUUUUCAAGUGUUGGCUUCAUAAAAACCACUGGUCCUCAGCUCUACCAAGGAGACAACCUUUUCUGCCCACGGGAUAUUGUUGAAGAAGCACUCCUUCUCCUCCUAAUCAGCGAGUCGAUGGCAAACCGCGAUGCUGUAAUAAGCCGUGCUCCUGACCAAAAGAAAGAUCGCAGCAUCAGCUUCCAGAUCGCUUCCACGUUAUAUGACCUCUUGAGCAUUACUUUGGGCAGAAGAGGACAGUAUGAGAUGCUCUCAGAAUGUUUAGAACGAGCAAUGAAGUUUGCAUUUGAUGAAUUCCACCUGUGGUAUCAGUUGGCACUUUCACUGGUGGCUAGUGGGAAGUUUACAUGGGCUGUGUCUGCUCUCAGAGAAUGUGCAAAACUCCAUCCUAAAGAUCCGUGCGUACCACUCAUGGCUGCCAAGGUUUGCAUUGGCUCUCUACGCUGGCUGGAGGAAGGAGAGCAAUUUUGCACCAUUGUGACCACCAUGGGGGAAGAAGCUGGUGAAUUUCUUGCCAAAGGCUACCUGGGCCUAGGGUUGGUGUACAGUCUUCAAGCUACAGAUGCCCCAUUAAGAAGCACGCAGGACGACCUUCAUAAGAAAGCUUUGAAAGCCCUGAGAAGAGCUCACAGUUUGGAUCCUGACGAUCAUCGGAUUGCCCUAUACCUAUCUUUACAGAUGGCAUUCAGCAGGCAGAUCUCUGAAGCGAUUGAACUGUUACAAAUAGCCCUUAAACUCAGGAGUGAUGACAUGCAUUCUCUCCAUUUACUGGCACUUCUGUUUUCUGCUCAAAAACACUAUCAACAGUCUCUGGAAGUUAUUAACAUGGCAAUCAAUGAAUAUCCUGAAAACUUCAGUUUACUUUUCACUAAAGUCAGACUUGAGGCAGUACACAAGGGACCAGAUGAAGCUCUCGAAACCUGCAAACAUAUGUUAAAUGUGUGGCAGACAACAUACAGCUCUCAUUGCAGUGAUUGGGACAAAGAGAGCAGCUUAACUGAAGGGGCACAGCUGGAAAAACGGAGCACUCUUCAAAGUAGUGUUGGUGAGGGAGCGUCGGCUGAGAAACGAAGCACUAUUCACCUUGCUUUUCCGGAUUUCCAUGAGGGCGAAUCAGGUUCCCAGUGUGUCCCAUCGGUUGCUGCUUCCCGAAUGGAACAGGCAACAUCUGAGGAGUCUGCACAAAGCAGCAAUGUGAAAAACUCCCCCAAGCACUUGUCCAUCAUUCUGGAGCAAAUUUGGUUGCAGGCUGCUGAACUUUUUAUUGAACUACAAAGAACCAAAGAAGCUUCAUUUUGCAUCGAAGAAGCAGCAAGCCUUUUUUCCGUAUCACAUGAUGUAAUAUUUAUGCGUGGGUGGUUGGCAGAGGUGAGCGGCAAUUUAAAUGCAGCCAAGCACUUUUAUGAUGAAGCACUUGCCAUGAAUCCAAGAAGUGCAAAGAUCAUGGAGCACUUGGGAAGGACGGUCCAUAAAAUGGGCCGAAGUGGCUUGGCAAAGAAGGUUCUGAGAGAUGCCGUUCAGACUCUGUCAACAUCCCAUGAAGCCUGGAACAGCUUGGGGGAGGUGCUGCAAGACCAGGGGGAAAAUGAAGAUGCUGCGGAAUAUUUUCUUACUGCCUUAGAGCUAGAAGCCAGCAGUCCUGUUGUGCCAUUUACUGUCAUCCCAAGAGUACUUUGAAAUUAAUCACAUGGGUCACUUUUUAUAAAUUUUGCACAUUCCAACCCAAAGAUUUAAUUUACUGACUCCUAGAACAGAGUUCAACUAUGAAGUAUUAGGAACAAUUGAGCAAGAUUCUCCAGCCAUACUUUUCCCAAACUGAAUUGUGCACCAUUUCCCAACCUUGAAUGAACCCCAACUACCAAUCCUAACAAUCCCUCACCUCCAGUGCACUUUGAUAACAAUUGUAAUGUCAUAACAUUCAGAACAAUCGUUCAGAGACUGUAUUAAGCUAAUCAUGGUACAUUUAUGGUAUCAGCUCCUUACACUGAACAAUACCCAGGAUUAGGCAAGAGCAUAUUUAAUUCACAGCAGUUCUGGCAGCAUCUUUCCAGAAUUGCUUCACCAUGGUCUAUGAAGCAAAUGUGACUGGCCUCAGUCAAAUGCUAAUUUCAGUAUUUUGCAGGGCCUGAAAGUAAGAAUUUCUGUCUUUAAUCCCUUCAUUGGUGGUGAAGUGAUGUUUAUAUCUGAGACCUUAGUGUUGUAUAAGACAUUUAAUACUCUUUCACGGCAAACAGCAAACAGCUAAUUUAUAGAAACAGUUUCAAAUUGUUUGAUUCACAAACCUCACAAAGCUUUCAUAAUGUUUGAAAUUGUAUCUGGUAACUAGUCGCACACGUUUUUAUUGUAAAUUUUAUAUAUAACCAUUUGAAUAUUACUUAAUUACAUGUUUGCCAAACUUUGUGUUCACCUCUUCCAUCAUUUGUGUAUGAUAUAUUUACUUUCAUAAAUCUUUUCCCACAAUGCAUAAUAGUAAUUCCACACCCCUAAUGCAAGCAUGACUUUCAAAAUGAGAUUCUUACAGUUUUAUGUGGUCUGUUUUGCAGCAGACCUAGCACGGGGAAAGCUAUUGGCGCAACACUCAAUGCAUCAAACUGUCAGGAAGACAAUUUAUUCUUAGUUCAUUGCUUCCUAAAUGCCUGAUCAGUUAGCUAAUCAGAUAUCAGUUAUUGUCAGACAAUAUUCAUCCAGUGCGUGUUGGGGAUUAGCCUUUAUGCAGUGCCUACAAUGUCCAAAAGUAUGUAGUUUAUGUAGUUCUUCCAAAAGUUACUCUUUCUCCCACUCUCUCCCCCUCCCCCUCUCCCCCUCUAUCAUAUAUUUAUAAAUUUAUGUAACCCCCUCACCAGGGCUUAUAUAUAGACUUGGCUAAUUCUGUUAACUCUGCUGACAGCCACGUGAUUCAGCAGUGAGAAAGCAGCCUUUCAUAAACAAUAUGUGUCUAGGGCUGGUCUGAUUUGGGGUUCAACCAAACAGGAACGUCAUUAUGUACUGAUUAAAGAAACCUCAAUUUGAGCAAAUAGUGUGUAAGUACUGCCCAUGCACAGUUGUCAGUAGCCCAGAUAUGACAGAUUGUGCAACAUAAAAUUAUAAAGAAAGUAUAUUUGCCAAAUGUUGAACUUUAACAGUUACAGAAAAAGAAAAAGGGCCUAUUAUAGUUAAAUCAGGCCGAUGUGCACAUAAUAUUGGAGUUCAUACUGGAGUAGUUGGGGUUGUGUGAAAGCACCCGCCACAUUCCAAACUCCCCCUGAAAGCCAUCUUGAAUGAACUGUCUCUUUCAUGAGUAUUGCUCCUUCCUCCUUCGAGCUAUUCAUCUACAUAAAGCACUUCUUGCGACUGGGAAUGUCCUUCCAACAGCAUUCUGCACAGCAUCUUCGCUCGUGCCCUACUCCACAUCUCCUGGCAAAAGACCCCAAACUAGACUACUGUCCUUCAGAAAACUCUUUCCCCACAGCUCUCUGGAACUUUGCUCACAUCCCACAAUCCUGAAUGGCUGACACAACAUUCCCAAGUUUGACAACAUAGGUCCUUAGCUGAAGCCAAAACACGCUUUCCAACAUAACGCGCUGAUUUUACAGAAAACUUGAUAUAAACUACCUCAUAGCAUAGCAAUAGAAAUCUUAACCAGGGCAUUACAUACAUACAUACAUACAUACAUACACAAAUGUUCUAGACUACAAUCUUUUUAUGCAGGGCCUCUGGAAUUACAACUAGGUUAGAAGGAGCAUUCAUUUAGCAAUCUCAUUUACCAAGAGUCUGGCAGACAGAAAUAACAUGUUGAUGCAAUAAUGGUUUUUCAGUGUGUCGCUACUGAGCAUGAAAGCCACACUUACAAACCCUGUCACAUCUCAGAAUAUAUCAGGAAUAUAUCACAUAUCAGGAAGCAAUAACGAAAUUAAUCAUAAUUGGGGCAACUGAGAAUUGUUACUUCUGUCCAGAAUCACACUUCAUUGUAUUGUGUGAAGGCUUUGGGUUUAAAAGAUGAAAAAAUGGGAAGUAGUCUGGUGGAAGGAGGAAAUUAGAACCUUGCCUCAUUUUACUGAAUACCAACCAGAUCUUGGCUCUUAAGAAAACUAAGCACCACCCAAUGCAAGUUUCAUGAGAUGGGUUUCACCUCAUUUUCGUCAUAAUGAGCUGUAACCUCUACUCUUGCUGGAAUUUCCAGUUGUCGUAACCAGCCAGUUCCUCAUUUGUUUUGCCAUUGCUCAGAAGAGAGCUUUUUCUACACUUGGUUUCCCAAUCACCCAUUUUCCCACCAUUCUGCACUCGAGUUACAGACUUUGAAUAAAAAUGGACUGUUUAUAAUUGCUUCCUUUAUAACAUUGUCCCAUAUCUAGCAAUAUGAAAGCAUAGGUUUAGAUUGCAGACUUGUGCGUGGAUAUGAUGUGAACUGCAGCUUGUGCGUAAUUGAAUGUUUCAGUUACAGCUGAGUAUGUUAUCCAGUUUAAAACUGCAACCACAAAAACAUAUAACUCGUAUAGUUGGUGCAGGUGCAGACAACAGCAUCCCAAACAGACCAGCUGUAACCCCAUCAAAAGUGUGCACACUUAUUUCACUGUUUUGCUGUGCAGGCUCUGAGCACUGGCUCCUGCACAAAAAACACAUGCAGGUAUUCUAAAGAUUUUAUUUGCACCUUAACACAUUGGGCUGUGGAGUCUUCCAUGAUGUGAACGUUGGUACAAAUUGCUUAAGUAUUUUGUCAUUUUGGCAAUCAGUCAGAAUUAAUUCAACUAGUUUGAGAUGGAGUUGUAUAAACAUGAAAACAGGGCCUUCAGCCCAACAGGUCAAUGCCAACCAAGAUUCCCACUUAAGCUAGUCCCGUUUGCCAUCUUGGCCCAUAUCCCCCAGGGGUUCCCAAACGGGGAUCCACUGACCCUACGUUUAACGGUAAGGGCCCAUGGCAUAAGAAAGGUCAGGAAUCCCUGCUGUAAAACUUUUCUUGGCCAAGUACCUGUUAAAGUGCUUUUAAAUACUAUCUUACUAAUGACAUCUAUCCUGCAACCAGUUGCUUGAGAUCUAUCACCAGGUAAUCUGGUGUGGAAGGAGGAGGGAGAGCAGGGUAGCAGGGAGGAUUAAAAUCCCAUUUGAAAUAACUCCCAUGUUCAGCAAACUGAGGGAGCUCCUUUCUUAUUCCAUUCACAUGGUGUAUCGUCAUGUCAAUUUAACUGCAGCUAAUUGACUUUGAUUUGAAGAUGAUAAAAGUAGCAAGAUCAGAAUCAGUAAUUGUUAUAUCAGUUUGAAAUGCAGUCAUGUGAUAGACAUGUAGAGGCAGGAGACUGAAUGAGCCUUCCAAGCCAGCAAUUCAUUCUGUUCUCACCCUCCUUUCCACUUCCUGCUCCUCCGUCUCUGAGCUGUCCUUUAUUUGGGACUCAGCUGUUGUUAAGUAUAAGAUAUGAUAGCAACUGAGAUAACAGUAUAACGUCACUAAGCGAGAUUGCGAGAAGUUUAUUGAGUUCAAAUAUUCCUCACAUACUGUCAACUUAGAAACAGUUAAAACUUGGAAUCCUGAAAGGUUCUUAAUUUGAUGGGACUGAAUCUUAAUAAACGACAGUGUGUUUCCAUUUUCAUUUUCGCUUCUCUGUUCUUCGUUGGUCAUAGGUUUAUACAGUAUGGAAAAGGCCCUUUGGUCCAACUCUCCAUGCUGACCAAAUUGCCUGCCUGAGCUAGUUUCAUGUAUCUGCUGUGUCCCAUACUUCUUCAAACCCUUGCUCUCCGUGUUCCUAAAAGUCUUUUAAACAUCAUUGACUAUCAUGAUGCCAGUAUUCUGAUUUAGAUCUCCAGAUGGAAUACACAAAGGUCCUUAAGUAAUGUGGGCUGUAUUACCUUUGGCAUUUAGUACAUUAGUGGUUGGCACUUCAUUCUCUCUCGUCGCCGCAUGUUGAUUUUGUAAAAUAACACGCCUGGUUUUGCUGCUUGAUCUUAAGAAAUCUUCAAGAAAUCCUAUUGAUUGUUUAAAAUUGAUUAUUUUACUGCAUUGGAGCCUGCACAAUCAUUUGCUGUCACUAACAAUGUCUGCCAGUUAUUCUUCCAUUCACUCUUAAGACACUCCCCUGUCAGCUGAAGACCAUCUGAGGUCUGUCAGAAUUAAAGAGGGAAAUUUAUUUUUUGUAAUUGUAACUUUUUAUUAGGAGGUCGUGUCAGUUUAGAGAUCAACUGAUACCAUGAAAUAGCAUCCUUGCUGAGGUCCUGCAGUCUUUUGAACAGUGACACAAUAUUUACUUGGGUUUCAGUUUCACAUUUCGUGCACUGGGUGUAAGUUGUCUAGAGCUGACUCCAGAAACUUGGAAGACUCCAUUAUUAAUUCACAUCAUGGAGCACUCUAGAAGGCGCUACUGGUUUGCUGUGUUAUAAAACUGUAUAAUGCCAAGGGAAAUAUACUUCUCACAACUUGAUCCUGCAGAUCAUUAAUACCUGUCACACAAAAAUCAUCUAUUGUUAGUAAUCUGGGACUUCAGAAAUUGUACAAGAAGUGUGAAGUAGUUAAUUUGAUCCAGGUGUUAUUCAGGGAAUGAAGACUGGUUUUUAAUGUAAUUUUCACAACAAAGGGACUGAUUAAAUAUUUUACUAGAACCUGUCACGAGGUACGUGUUUGAACAAUAUUUAUUUUGCUGUAUAUAAGUGCACUCUAGCCAGCUGUAGCUGGGAAACAACUGUAUCAGAUGUGGCUUGAGUACUUAAGCCGUUGCUUUUGCAAUAUCCUUAGUGCACUGAGUUACAGUAAAUUAAUAUGAUUCCUGUAUCUAAAAUCAUCCAAAAUGUAUUUAAUGCUAUUUUGAAAUCACAAUCUGUUAUGUUGUGUAACUAUUAUGCUUUAUAAUAGAGUGAAUUUUAUAGGUUAGCCAAUAAACUCUAUUUGAGUUGCCCAAUGUUUUCAGGACAUUGCUUCUCAGGUACAUCAAUGAGAGAGUUGAUUGGUUUAUGAUUGAUAUCUUCAAGUAAUUAAUCAUUCUAAUGAAUACUUAGAUAUAAUAUAGCACACUUACUUAAUAUUUCAUGAGAGGAAAAAUAAAUCAGCCAUGAUCAAAUGCCAAGAAGGCACAGAGGGCCUAAUGGCCUAAUUCUGCUCUUCACAGUUGGAAUUUUGCUUCUGACUCUUGUAGAAUAGGACUGCACGGUCUUCAUUUGGUUGUGCCUUCAUGAUGGGACCUGUUGACAUAGCCCAUCAGUACCUCUGCAUCUUACAUGCACCAGUUUGAUGUGAUCUAAAGCAAAAUGCACAAAAUGCUGGAGCAAUUUAGCAAAUCAGGCAGCAUCCAUGGAGGGGUGUAAACAGUCAAUGUUUUGGGCCAAGACCCGUCAUCAGAACUGAAAAGGAAGGGGGCAGAAGCCAGAAUAAAAAGGUGGGUGGAGGGGAGGGGAAGGAGUACAAGCUGGUAGGUCUCUAACUUCCAGUAAAUUUCCCCGUUCUCUUUCUCCCCUCAUCCAUUCUGUACUCUGGUUCUCCUCUCAUUACCAGCCAAUCAUCUUCUUGUGUUUCCUCUCCAUCUUCCCUUUCUUCCAUGAUCCACUGUCCUCUUAUUAGAUUCCAUCUUCUUCACCCCUUACCCCUUUUACCUUUCACCUCCCAGCUUCUUACCUCAAACCCCCUUCCUCACACACCCACCUUCUCAGUCCCCCAGUUUCACCUCAAUAUUUCCAGCAUCUAUAGAACCUCUUGUGUUUAUGUUCUUAUCUAAAACUACAUUUCCUCACAUUGCAAGUAUAUGGACCUGGCUAUCAGGUGGUUGCCUAUAUAGAAAAGUAAGAACUAUACCGAAUGAUUGUUAGAUCCAAGUGCCACUUCCUGAUGCAAGAAGCAGUUUUCCCAUCUAUUUAUCUUGGGAAAAGAGCAAAUUCUAGGAAAGCUGAAAUUGAGUAUAAAAACAAGAUUUUAGGGUGCAGAUGUUGACUAACCCACUGUUAGAGUGCAAUCGCAUCAAUAGAAAGACACGGAUAAUGUUUUACAACACAGCCUGCCAGGGUUGCUGGUAGAGGCUGAUACCAUAGGGACAUUUAAAUAUUGUUAGAUAGGCACAUGGGUGUAAGAAAAAUGUGAAUUAUGGAAUGUGUAGGAGGAAAGCGUUGAAUUGAUCAUGGAGUGUGUAUGUUAGUAGACACAAUGUCAUGGACUGAAGGGCCUGUACUGUUCUGCAGUCCAAAUUCCCAGACUUAUAACAGUUGCAUGCCUCCAAACAUAUUGUUAUGCUUCAAUUUUGGGAUGCUUGACCAUGUGAGAUUAACCUGGCUCAGAGAAUUAUGGCCAUCAUUGUAGGGGACGUUUUAUGAUCUGGAUUUGCACACAGUGUUAACGUAGGGUGCAGUCAUUAUGUAGUGAUUAAAUUAUGAAAUAAAUUGUUCUAUGUAAAAAUUGCUUUGGACCUCGUGUUGCUGAUGCAAUGCUUUCACUUGUUGAUGAUUUAAUGAUUAAAGAAG